GUGGCCCAGUAGAGGUGUGCGUGUAUAUGUGUGUGUGUUCAUGGUGAAUGUGUGUGCGCUCGCGCCAAAAAGUCGAAAAUGCCGGCAAACCUCUUAUCGCGGCAGCACGGCACCCCGUACGACAGUCCUACGCGCGACGCGUGAAUCUUGUUUAAUCCUCCGAAAAUAGCGAACACGCGCAGGACACCGCUACAGUCGGAAUCCUUUUAACUUUUCCGAACGUUUUAUUAUUUUUAUUUUCUCACUCGCCGCUAAAUCGUAUUGGUUUUACGUCGACGGCACAGGCGUUAUACUAUUAUUAUAAUAUUAUUACAGUAUAUAAUAGUCAAAUCGCAUAAAAUUUCGUGCGCGAUGAUUGCCAAGAUGCGGUGCUUGUUUGUAGUUAACGUGCUGGUGUUGAAGAUCGUGGUCGGUGCUGCCGAAAUACCCAACGGUCAAGCACCGUGGACUCACAAAGACACUGGUGCAACGUCCGCCGGCACGACGAUGACGGACGGCCGAAACGUGAUCUCGCCGCGGAUGGACUUCGAAGAGUGGACGCCGUUGGGCCGCGGCGACCCGCUUAAAAACGACCCGACGUUCGACUACCUGCCGCCCGUGCUGGACCGGGUGCACUAUUGGAAACCACCGCCGCCGGCCACCAACCGCGCGCACUACUACUCGUCCGCGUCCACUGCGACGCCGACCACACCGCCGUCGCAGGUCGUUCACGGCGGUUACAACCGACGGUUUUUCCUGACGGACUUCUCCAAGAGGGAACCGGUGGUCGCGGCUUACGCGGCUAUUAAGCGGCCCCCGCCCAGCAACAGUCUGCUGCAGCCUCACCACCAUCACCAGCACAAUCACCAUCACCCGCAGCAGCAGCAGCAGAUCCAACACCACUUGCAAACGCUACAGUCGGCGCCCGCGGCCGGUUACCACUACUCGAUGCACCCGGCCGCGCCCGUGCCCAGGACUCCGCUGCCGAUGCUCACUCCGCCGCCGUACCAACAGUGGCCGUCCACCGUGAGCGACGUUCAGCGACAGUCGUCGAUGUCAUCGUCGUCGUUGUCACCGGACGUGCCGGGAAACGCGGCGGCCGAGAGCAAACAACCGCCGCCGACCAUGGUCCGGGCGCCGACGCGACCCGCCUCCCCGUCGUCCAAUCAUUUAGCUGUCGUCAAGGCGCUGUUGGACGACGAAGUGGACCGGACCGCUGUCACGACGACCGGUGCCGCGAUCACGGCGGCCGUCUGGACGACGACGACGAUGCCGCCACCCGUCACUAUGACCCCGCCGCCGCCGUCGCAAACGGCCACUUCGAUGACCGCGGCCGUUCGGACCACUCCGUCCGUGGUCUCUUCGGACCCGCUGUUCUCGCAUUACAGACAGUCGCCGGUCACCGGCCGGCCCAUGUACCUCAUCAUACAGGGUCACUCGAAGGUCAAGACUUACGGACCGGCCAGCAAGGUGGACGAUCUGAACGCCGCUCCGGCGAUACAGGACCACAACCAUAUCGGCAGCCAACCGCCCGACGAACCGAGCCGGAGAAAACGCGACCACUACUACGGUUCACGUCGAUGAAACUGCUAAUCUUCGGUACCCGUUUUUUUUUUAUCGGCUCCGCGAGAGAAGGCUUUCCCGACGGUCGUAUGGCACAUAAUUUAAUACACGACGCGACGUUUUUGUUAGAAUAUCGUCGGGUUUGCCGACUCUGCGCUUCUCGGUUUUGUCCUUUAUUCGAAUAAUUCCAAAUUUUACGUUUUAUUUAAGGUAGUCGAAGAGUGUACAGUCCUUUGGCGAUACGCUCUAGUCCCUCUUUAUCAGUAAUGUAUCGACAGCAAUGCUUUGACGCGGGUAACGUAAAUUGAAUCCAAAAUAGUGGUUUCCUGUAUUCGUUAUUAUAAUACUUCAUUAUGUAUUAUUUAUUCCUUAAUAAUAUUAUAUGAGAUAAAUAAAACACUGAAAAUUUGAAAAAAAAAAUAAAAUAUUAUCCAUAGUAUUUAGUUGAGUACUAAUUAUACACGUCGCUCGGACAAUUGUCAUACAUUUAUUACCAACCAAUGUUAUGUUCUAUGUAUAUUAGUAUCGAUUUUAAUAUAAAUGUAUAACGUAUUAAAAAUGCAUUACUCAUAACCAUAAGGAGAACUGUAUCAGAAAUCGCUUGUUCUAUUUUAAUUUUCGAUGCGCCAAAUAUUUAGAGAAAUCACCUGCUUAACUAUUAUUGAACCGUAAAAAAUAAAAGUCUUCACUUAAAAACAAAGUUUGUCGUUCUACAAAUCAAAACAUUCAAAACUUCAAUACGUAAUAUUUGAUAAAAAGAUAAAGCGAUGUACGAACAUGGCUGGUGAAUCGCUCUGUUAAAUAUAUAUUAUAUAUGUAAUAUAUAACAUUCAGAUACGUUAUUUUUUAAAUGAUGAUCCGCUUCAAAUCUGUAGAUAAUUAUUUCGGUGUUGCUUCAAUGCAGUAGUAAGACGACAUUCCGAAUUCCGAUGCCAUUGCUUGAAAAUCGUAUACCUACUAUAUAUAAAAUGACAUUUGGUUUCAAUACUGCGGUCAAUUUAAUGCAUAGAUGGAUCAAACCUUACAAAAAUCGUAUAACCAAUCGUGUCCGAACUGAGUAUGACUAUGAUAUAUAGUUCAUUAAUUCUCAAUCGAAACGCCAAAUCGUGGUUAAAGGAUUUUAAAAAUUGCAUUAAAACAUAAAAUGGUAAUCGACUAAUCAAGUAUUUAAUUUCUCACUACUGUAUUAUAUGUAUAACUCGAUACUACCACCAAACUUAAAAAUGAGGUCACCAAUUUUAAAUUAUCCAAUGGUCAUAAAUCAUAAUAUUACGAUAUAAUAAUGGUAAAUGGUAACAUUUGAAAUAUUUGUACUUUAUAAACAUGCGUUAAUUUUGAAUCUUGGUAAUCAAUACUGUAAUUUCGGAUGCAUUACUUAAUAUAAUAUGUAAUGUAUAAUAUAUAAUAGACUUGAUUUUUAAAAGUCAGUUUGAACAGUUUUCUAUAAUAACGAAAAGAAACCGAUUUUAGG